AUGCCACUCCUUAACCCCCGCACGCUCGUUGCUGCCCUUUUGUUGGCACAGACACUCGCCUUACCCGCUGUCGAAUCUAAACCAGCUCGGCUAGAGGAAAGGAACAUAUGCAAUGACGGAGAGCUUGCUGCCGCAAAUCCCCGCGCCGCCUUCUUCCGAAAGAUUGUCGACGGUUCUUGCUACACCAACUCCAGCAAAGUACCAACACCAAAAGACGUCCCGCUGAAAGUAGGCAUCAUCGGAGGUGGAGCCGCAGGUCUCUACGCUGCCAUUCUGCUAGACUCCCUCGGAAUUGACUACGACAUCCACGAAGUGUCUGAUCGAAUUGGCGGAAGGAUCUACACCUACCACUUCGAUCAAGAAACAUGGGACAAGUCGACGCCCAACGAUCCCGCAUACUAUGACUACUAUUGGUUGAAAAAACACUACAUCUUCAAGGCGGACAACACAUUUAGACGAUACAAUGGCGUCACCUCCCUGAUUCAAGACCCCGCUUCAGCAUCCCCCGAUCGCUAUGGCGUGCCUAUCUUCAACUCAAGCUUCGACACACAAUCCGCAAGUGAUUUGUGGAAGAACCAAGUCCAGUUCAUGACCAAAAAGCUUUCGGCUGAUUUCACUGCUGGCUUCAACCUACUUAUGGAGUAUGACUCCAAGACCGUGCGAGGGUUCCUCCUAGACCAGGGCUUUGCCAACAGCGAAAUUGACUGGCUGGAGGCUAUCAACGACGCCACUGGUCACUACGACAUGAUGUCGAUGUCUCAGGCCGUUCUGGAGCAAUGGAUUUUUGACGGCUACAAUAUAAGCGACUGGUCCCUCAUCAAUGGCGGUAUGGACAUGCUGACGAAGGGCAUGAAUCUUAUCGUCAAGAAUAAGCCAGUCCUCCACAACAGAGUUACGGACAUCAAGAAGAGCCCCAAUGGGACCUUGAAGAUUGUCGUCAACGGCACUCAAGAGUAUAGCUACGCCCAUGUCAUCUCGACAGUCCCGCUUGGCGCUCUUCAGGCAAUCAACAUGACAGAGCUGGACCUGAGCUACUUUGAGAACAAUGCCAUCCGCACACUGAAUUACGAUCCCUCGGCCAAAGUUGGCUUCAAGUUCAAGACUCGCUGGUGGGAGAACCUCACGACUGGUCCAUUCCAGGGCGGUCAAUCUUUCACCGAUCUGCCCAUCCGCCGCUGCGUAUACCCCUCCUACGGAAUUGACGUGCCAAACGCGCCUGGAACCAUGAUUGCCAGCUACGUCUGGGGACAGGAUGCCUCGCGUUUGGGUUCUUACCUCAACCCGCACAAUCCCACGACGCAGGCUCCCUACCAGCCGGAGAGCGCCGAUGUCAUGGUGGAUGUGGUCCUGAGAAGUCUGGCAGAGCUUAACGGCGUGUCUCAUGAGUACCUUCUGUCUCAGUUCGAUGGAUACCAUGUGUACGACUGGUACGGAUCGGCAUACUCGAAUGGAGCAUUCGCCAUCUUUGGGCCAGGACAGUUCAGCAGCACUCUUCCCUGGCUGAUGAGGCCUGCCGCCGAUGGCCACAUGCAUUUCGGUGGAGAGGCACUGAGCUCUGGGCACGCCUGGAUUAUCGGCGCCGUGAACAGCGCAUGGAGGACCGUGUUCGAAAUCCUGGACACUGAGGGCUUGGAAGACAAGAAGAAGCAGUUCGUCGACCAGUGGGGGGUCAUUGAUGAGGUCGAUAUGGGUUGGUACAACUGGUCCCCAGAGGGCUGGCCUUAG